GACAUUGAUUCGGACCGGAGCCGCCAACGCCCUCCAGAUCAAAUAUGCAUCAAUAUGUGCGUCAUCUUCUGUAACUCGAGUCUUAUCGCUUGAUAUCAUGUCUGGGGCCUCCCUCCCUGAUGAAUCUGUACUACAGCAUAUUGUGGAUGCGCACUGCCAUCCUACAGAUGCCCCAUCAAUAUCCGCCGAAUCCAUGGAUAAACUCCAGAUUACUGUAUGUGCAAUGGGGUCGAGAACAUCAGACCAAGUCCUUGUAAAAAAUUUGGCCUCUUCGUAUCCGCAGAAAGUUAUUCCUUGCUUUGGAUAUCAUCCAUGGUUUACUCACUGUAUCGCUCUACACUCUGGCGUGUCUAAGGAUGAACACUACAGAGACCUGUUCACCAUCAAAAACCUCGAUGAGUAUCAAGCCAUAUAUGACCUUCUUCCAGAGCCAGUGCCUCUCGCCGACGUCAUUGCGGAUGUGCAGGCCAAUCUAGAAGCCUUUCCGAACGCGAUGCUUGGAGAAGUCGGACUUGACAGAGCUUUCCGUAUUCCCUAUGAUUUCGCCGCGUUCCCUCGAGAAUUGACCUCUUUUACGGUUCCUAUUGACCAUCAACUUGCCAUCCUUGAAGCCCAGGUCGACUUGGCCAUUAGACUACGGCGUAAUAUCAGUCUUCAUAGCGUCAAAGCACAAAUGAACACCAUGGACCUUCUCAACAAAAUGAAGCAAAGACAUAGCGAAAACUGGAGUAAGAUUAGUAUAGAUUUGCAUAGUUGUGGGUUGAGCCCCCAGCUAUGGCGCGACAUAGAGAAAAAGCACAACAACGUUUUCCUCUCUCUGUCUACGGUCAUUAACGGUCGCUCGUCGAAUCACAUUUCCUUAAUCCAGGCCUGCUCGCCGAAUAGAAUUCUCGUCGAGUCUGAUUUUCAUGAUGUAGACAUGUGCACCCAACGGACUUGGGAUAUAGUUCUAACCGUAGCUCGUACAAAGGGCUGGCCAGUGGAAGAAGUUUGGGUCGACGAAGUAGAUCCGGAAAAAUGGGGUGUAGUUCGAAGGCUGGAGGAGAACUGGCGGUGCUUUAGCGCAGGCAAUCACCAAGCGCCUGAGUCGUCGAAGAAAAAGAAAAAGAAAGUCGAAGAGUGGAUAAGCGAUUCAGAGACAGAUUUCUGAAUGGAACGUAACACGUCCUUGGUGCAAGAACCGAAAUAUUGAAAUCCAAACAUCCUUGCAAAAUGGAUCCAAGAUAUGACAUGAGAAAAAUGGGCAACGUCCCGCGACUACCAAAGAUAUGACAGGAUAAGAAUAAUGCAUAUACCGAUAAUAACACCUAAUAUGACGGAAUCUCGUCUUCGUCGUGACUUGAUCAUGGAAACGAUAUUGUUUAUGCCGGGCAUCGUGUUGAUGACGUUAACCAUUCGCGUAUUGAUGCCCGCCAGAGACGAACGCUGACGGGCAAACUCUGAACGUGUCUCGUAUGCUUGGCUGCAAUUAUAUGUGAGCAACAAGCAUUCCAGUUCACGAGGGGACUAACUCUAUCAUAUCGUCCGUCAUGCG